UAACCUCUUGUACCCAAACUCGCGGAUAUAAAUGAAGAUAAUUCUAGAUGGAUUCCAUCAGAAGUGAUAGGAACCUUUCAAACGUAACAAGUGUCUAGUUAAGUUUAUGAGAUAUUUCAUUAUGGCUAGUACAAAAAUGAUUAUUUUCCUGGUGCUGGGAGUUGUGGCAUUUGCAGCAGCUUAUCCGUAUCAAUAUGGAGAAGAUAGAUAUGGUGGAUCCCGGGCUGGAGGUGGAGUUAAGGGAGGAUAUGGAUCACAUACUGGAGUCGGUCAAAAUAGUGGAUAUGGUUCUCAUAGCGGAAUUGGUCAAAACAGUGAAUAUGGUUCUCAUAGUGGAGGUGGACAUGAAGGAAAAUAUGGAUCCCAUAGUGGAGUUGAGCAAAAUAAUGGAUACGGUUCCCACAGUGGGGUUGGUCAAAAUAGUGGUUAUGGUUCCCAUACUGGAGUUGGCCAAAAUAAUGGAUAUGGUUCCCAUACUGGAGUUGAUCAAAAUAGUGGAUAUGGUUCCCAUAGUGGAAUUGGCCAAAAUGGUGGAUAUGGUUCCCAUAGUGGAGGUAGACAGGAAGAACAAUAUGGAUCUCAUGCUGGAAAUCAACAAGGAGUUAAAGGAGGACAUUACGGAGGACGUCAUGAUCUAUACUGAUCAAAAAAUCUCAUAAAUAAAUAAUUAAUAUUUCUUGUCUUUUAACAUAAAAUAAAAUUAUAAGAUCCUAAACCUGAA